AUGUCUGUGGAAUCAAGCUCUGGUUCAGGGGAUCAUGGCCAUGGGAGCCAUAAUAUCAAAGGAGUGCCCACUCGUGGUGGAAGAUAUGUGCAGUAUGAUGUUUAUGGGUAUCUUUUCGAGGUGCCCAGAAAGUAUGUUCCUAUCAGGCCUGUGGGACGUGGGGCUUCUGGGAUUGUUUGUGCUGCUGUAAACUCGGAGACUCGUGAGGAAGUUGCUAUUAAGAAGAUUGGCAAUGCGUUUGACAAUAGAAUAGAUGCCAAGAGGACGUUACGUGAAAUAAAACUUCUACGCCACAUGGACCAUGAUAAUGUAAUUGCUAUUAAAGAUAUUAUUCGGCCUCCACAAAAGGAGAACUUCAAUGAUGUCUACAUUGUUUAUGAACUAAUGGAUACAGAUCUUUACCAGAUUAUCCGAUCCAACCAACCAUUAGCUGAUGAUCAUUGUCGGUACUUUCUUUAUCAAAUUCUGCGAGGACUUAAAUAUGUUCAUUCUGCAAAUGUCUUGCACCGUGAUCUUAAACCCAGCAAUUUGCUUCUCAAUGAAAACUGCGAUUUGAAAAUUGGAGAUUUUGGGCUUGCAAGGACAACAUCUGAGACUGAUUUCAUGACGGAGUAUGUUGUCACUCGCUGGUAUCGAGCACCAGAACUGCUCCUAAAUUGUUCUGAGUACACUGCAGCGAUUGAUAUCUGGUCAGUUGCAUGCAUACUUGGUGAAAUCAUGACAAGACAGCCACUAUUUCCUGGCAAAGAUUAUGUUCAUCAGUUGAGACUUAUAACAGAGCUUAUAGGUUCACCUGAUGAUGCCAGUCUCGGGUUUCUAAGAAGUGAUAAUGCCCGAAGAUAUGUUAGGCAGCUUCCACAGUAUCCAAGGCAACAAUUUUCUGCUAGAUUUCCGAACACUUCUCCUGGAGCUCUGGAUUUACUUGAAAAAAUGCUCGUCUUUGACCCAAGCAAACGCAUUUCCGUUGAUGAGGCUCUUUGUCAUCCAUACUUGGCGCCUCUUCAUGAAAUCAACGAGGAGCCUGUUUGCCCUCAGCCUUUCGUGUUCGAUUUUGAGCAGCCGUCAUUCACUGAAGAGAAUAUAAAGGAGCUCAUCUGGAUGGAAUCUGUCAAACUUAACCCGGACCCAACUCAUUGA